AAAAAAGUUCAAAUUAAGCAUCUCUUCUCUCACUUUACCCUCUUCUCUCUCUCUGUCUCUCUUUCUUUUUCCGUAACUCUUCAUCUUCUUUUCCCAGAUUUUUCCGUUUUCCAAUUCUCUGUGUCUAAUUCCAAACUUCCUAGGGGUUUUUUCUCCAACGUGAGAAAAAAGCUUCUAGCUUUAGCGAUGGGAUGUUUCGGACGCACUCCGAAAUCGAACAAACGAUCAGAUACCAAAACCACGAAGAACAACGAUUUCACCCCAAAAAAACUCACCGUCAAUGCAAAUCGAGAUAAGCUGACACAACCCAGCUCAGAUUGUUUAAAAGUUAGUAUAUGUGGAGAUGUAAGCAAGGAGAUAGUUACUAAGAAGGAUCAAUUAGCUUUGGAUGCUAAAGAUACUAAUGUUGAAGAUGAAGUUAUAGUGAAGAAAGCACAGACUUUUACAUUUGAAGAACUCUCUGUUUCUACUGGAAACUUUAAGUCGGAUUGUUUUCUAGGAGAAGGAGGUUUUGGAAAAGUUUACAAAGGUUUCAUUGAGAAAAUCAAUCAGGUUGUUGCAAUUAAGCAACUUGAUCGGAAUGGUGCUCAAGGAAUCAGGGAGUUUGUUGUUGAAGUGUUGACAUUAAGUCUCGCUGAUCAUCCAAAUCUCGUCAAGCUUAUAGGAUUUUGCGCUGAGGGUGUUCAGAGACUGUUGGUUUACGAGUAUAUGCCUCUAGGAUCUCUGGAUAAUCACCUUCAUGAUCUUCCUUCUGGUAAAAACCCGCUUGCUUGGAACACUCGAAUGAAAAUAGCGGCUGGUGCAGCAAGAGGACUAGAGUAUCUCCACGAUACAAUGAAACCUCCUGUGAUAUACCGUGAUCUUAAGUGUUCGAAUAUCUUGAUCGAUGAAGGAUAUCACGCAAAACUCUCAGACUUUGGAUUAGCUAAAGUAGGACCAAGAGGAAGUGAAACUCAUGUUUCCACAAGAGUUAUGGGAACAUACGGUUACUGUGCUCCUGAUUACGCAUUAACUGGACAACUCACAUUCAAAUCAGAUGUAUACAGUUUCGGAGUUGUUCUUUUGGAGCUUAUUACUGGAAGGAAAGCUUACGAUAACACGAGAACACGUAAUCACCAGAGUCUUGUUGAAUGGGUAAAGACUAAAAACAUCUCUUUCUCCUUUUUCUAAUUGAGCAUCAUAAUUCACAGUUUUGACUGUAAUGUUACAGGCAAAUCCCUUGUUUAAAGAUAGGAAGAAUUUCAAGAAAAUGGUUGAUCCGUUACUCGAAGGAGAUUAUCCGGUUAGAGGAUUGUAUCAAGCACUUGCAAUAGCUGCAAUGUGUGUUCAAGAACAGCCUAGUAUGAGACCGGUGAUAGCUGAUGUAGUAAUGGCUUUGGAUCACUUAGCUUCUUCUAAAUAUGAUCGUAGUCACCGUCAAAAGCAGGAUAAUGUGACCGAGACUAAAGUCGAUGAAGAGAAAACACUUACCACAGAAUCUAAUGUUUGUGUGGAGGAGAAACAAGAGAUCAAGAUAUGCUCAGAUCAAGCAACUUAAUCAUCAAUGAGGAUUCUUAAAAUUUUGAUAUUUUCUUGAUUUGUAGAAUGCUUCGUUUACGUAAGCAACAGUUUUGUUCGAAUUUCGACUCAUACUUAUAUAGUAAACUGUAGCAAAAGUUCGGUUUAUCAGAAUCUUAAACCAUUACGUAUGGGAAAGUCCGGUUUAUCACCAAACCAGUUUAUGGAAACGAAUUUGUAUGAUGUUCUAAAU